AUGUCAGAAAUUGCUAGCGCGGCAGAAGGAAAGCGGAAACCUAUUAGGGUUUGGGUAGACGGUUGCUUUGAUCUAAUGCACUAUGGCCAUGCCAAUGCUUUGCGCCAGGCGAAAGCUAUGGGUGAUUACCUUGUAGUUGGUGUGCAUUCGGACGAAGAAAUUGAACGUAACAAGGGGCCGGCAGUGAUGCGAGAAGAUGAGAGAUAUGCUGCAGUAGCCGCUUGUAAAUGGGUAGAUCUUGUAGUUCCGGACGCACCAUACAUUACCAGCAUUGAAGUAAUGGACAAAUACAAAUGUGAUUUUUGUGUACACGGCGAUGACAUAACUACGGCAGCAGACGGUACUGAUUGUUACCGAGAAGUAAAGGAAGCCGGUCGCUACCGUGAAUGUAAACGCACUCAAGGCGUGUCCACCACUGAGCUUGUUGGCCGUAUGUUAUUAAUGACUCGUGAUCAUCACAAGCGAAGUGCAGGUGGAAAUGCUCUUGCUUCCGUGUCCAAUGAAGAUUUAACUACAUUCAGUGGUGAUUCAUCAAUGCAGACUCCUGUUACAAAGGUGUCGCAUUUUCUACCAACUAGUCGGAGAAUCGUACAGUUUUCUGAAGGCAGAGAACCAAAGCCAACAGACAAGGUCGUCUAUGUUGAUGGAACUUUUGAUUUGUUUCAUCUGGGACAUAUUGAGUUUUUGAAGAGAGCUAGGGCUUUGGGAGACUAUCUUCUCGUCGGAGUGCAUGAUGAUCAGGUUGUAAACGCUAUUAAGGGAGUCAAUUAUCCGCUGAUGAAUCUUCAUGAACGUGUUUUGAGCGUUUUGGCUUGUAGAUACGUCGAUGAAGUCAUAAUCGGGGCUCCAUAUAGCGUAACUGAGGAUGUACUUUCUAAAGUAUAUAAAGUCGAUAUUGUUGCACAUGGGAAUACUUCAACGUUUCCUGAUCUUGACGGUAAAGAUCCUUAUGAGCUUCCUAAAAAGAAAGGCCUUUACAUUGAAUUAGAGAAUCCAUCAGCAAAUAUUACAACUGCCGAUAUUAUCCAACGGAUUAUAGAACAUCGGCAAAGAUUUGAAGAGCGUCAAGCACGUAAGAGAGAAAAAGCAACACUCGAAGCAGAGGCAGAGAGGCUCUUAAGAGGUUCUUAG